CAUGUAAGGCAAUUAGCAAGACAUUUCACUUGUAUGUAUAUUGUUUCAACAUGGCGGGCAUCUUAAAGAUGCGCGCGAAAAAAAGAGAGCCGUAGAAGCGGCUCCCGAUCGAUGAGAAUUCGCUCGGCGAGGCUCGAGUGAGUCGAACGUGAUCAGGUCGGUUAGUAAUUCCUUAGCGAAGAGAGACCCGGGAACGCGCACACGAUAGCAACACGAAACACGGUACGGAUAAUAUGCGUCGACGACCGGCGGCGCCGUCGCACAUGCGCGCCCUGACGCGCCCCUGUUCGUCCACCGAUUUCGAUUUUAGUCACUCCCGGGUUCGGCUUCGGGGAAAAUCGUUUCGCUUCCGUAGCGAGCCACAUUGUCGAGACGUGUCGUGAAAAAAACUUGCACGGAACUUAGUAACGAUUCUGUCGAUCAAGUAGAUACAAACGCGUCCCUCACGAGUUACAUACACUUUUACAUUCGACGAUCUUCCGUUCGAGUACAUAUUUGUACAUUAAAAGAGUACCGUAAAAGAAAAGGAACAGAAUUUUUUGGCGAUUUUCUUUCGUUGUGUAGUCGUUGGCUCGUACAUGGAUGAUCAUAUCCAAUACCGAUUUAAUUAUUAGCAUUUACACGGCAACGAGAUUAGACACGCCGAGAAUAACGUGAUAGGAAACCAGUGUUGAUCGGGAAAGAAUCGAGAACACGGUGAAAGAAAUUGAACAAUUUGUAGUGUAGUUUGAAUAUCACUCCUGGGAAUCGUGCAAGGGUCAAUAAAUUGUCGCGUGGUCGUCGGUACAACGGUUUCUGACGCGAUACAACACAAAAUUGAACCGGUUCGUAGUCGCGAAUCGAAUGACUGGAUUGGAUUAAGUGACGCUGCGACAGAUGACAAAAAAGAGAGGAACAAAGACACAAGGAAAAAAAGCACAGAGGUACGGUAGACGUAGCAGUGGCGUGUGCCACUCGAUAUCGUGCUCAGUCGCAACGGUUGCCAUUUUAUAGCCGGUCGCUCAAGAGAGAUCUUCGGGGAGGCAAGAAGGAGAGGGAGAACUAAAGAAAACGCGCUGCGAAGUUGGCGUGGAGGUCAAGUCGUAAGCAGCGCGACAAGAACGAAGACGACGGCUACAACGGCGGGUCGGCUUGUACUGGUGGCCUGCAAGGACACCGUGAAGCUGACUAGCCGCCAACUCCUGCAGGGACAGCAACCUAAUCGAAAUUGCAACAGAUCGGUCACCACGUCUUCCAACGAGGAUAUCGUGGAGGCCAUUCGGCUCGAGGAUAUCGCAAUGAAGCAAGAACCUGAAGAUGAAAAAGAUUUUUAUUUAGAGGCGGCUGAAUUGCCAUCUCUAUCACCUUCGACUAAUCGUCAUGCAGGUGCUACACACCGUGUUCGUUCCCAUACACGUAGCCUUCGUGCGAUGACAAAUCCAAGCGCAGUUUGGGCACAUUUUGAUCUAUGUGCAAAUGAUCCUUUGCGAGCUCAAUGUCGAAUUUGCGGUGCGGUUGUUGUCAGAGGCGGAGCGAAUCCACGCCAAUGCGGUACAACGAAUCUUCAUCGACAUCUUAGAGUACAUCACGGUGGCAGACUCAUUGGCAGUCAUUAUCACGUAUUACAAUCACCUUCUUCGAGUAAUUCAACUGGCAAAACUAUAAGAAUAGCAGCGCAGUCCUUGGUAAGAUCUCAUAUUAGAAACAUUGCACCAGCACCUAUAUCACAGCAGCAACAACAGCAACGUCAACCAAAGACUCUUGUGUUAAAAACAAUUCCCUUAAAAGUAAAGCAGGUUGCACCUACAACUAUUAAAAUGCCACCACGACAAACUAGUCAAGGAGUACCUCAUAAUAUUGUACAUCAACAACCUACAGAGGUUUGUUUGAGAUGGAACAGUUAUCAUAGUAAUAUGCAAAACAGUUUUCCAUCUUUAUUGGAUUCUGAACAAUUUGUUGAUGUUACAUUGGCUUGUGAAGGCCGUUCGUUAAAGUGUCAUAAAAUGAUAUUGUCAUCUUGUAGCGAUUAUCUCGCAGAUUUAUUACGAGAAAACCCAUGUCAACAUCCGAUUAUUUUAAUGAAAGAUCUUAAAUUUUGGGAAGUUGAAGCACUAGUCAAAUUCAUGUAUCGCGGAGAAGUAAAUGUAGCUCAUGAUAAAUUACCCCAACUAUUGAAUGCAGCUGAGGCAUUACAAGUGAAAGGAUUAGCUGGACCCAAUCCUUCUUCACAGAAUUCAAAACCACCUUUACUUAUUCCACAAUCAAAGCCAAUAAUAUCUCAACCAGUUUCGCGAAUCGCUUCAGAGACCAAAGAGAAAGCUUCCACUUCCGGAGUUUCUACGCUUUCUAGUCCUAAACGUGUGCAAAAACGACAACAUUCAGAACCAAUUGAACCAAAACCCUUUACUAAAAUACGUUUACAACGACCUGUUACACCUACAUCACCGACUACUACUGUUAAACUUGAACCUUUAGAUAUUCCUCUUAGUCCUACAGAGAUAUUUCCUGAAAAUAAUGAAGAUAGUUCAACUCCGUCGAACUUUGACAAACUUAUGAGUUUACAUGAAGAAGAUGAUCCAGGUGGUAAUGAAGCUAUUGAUGGUGAAAGAGAAAUUAAUUUCUGUGAGAUACCUGAACCGCCCGAUAUAAAUGAUAGCGAAGAUCAAAUGGAAUUCGUACCUACGGACUUUUUAGAACAGGAACAAGAUAUAGUCGAAGAAACUGAAAUAGCCACGAACAAAGAUUGCAAAGAAGAAACCAGAGAGGAUAGUUCAGUUGAACUUGAAGGAAAUGGAGUGAAAAAAGAACAAUGUUCAAAAGAAAAAAAACCAGUUUAGUAAGAUGAUCAAUGAAUUCAGUACUUGGUUUGUUUAAUGAUAUAAGAUCUAUGUUUGAUUUUUUUAAAAUAGAUUUUUAGAAUUAUCCAGUAUUGCUAUGAGAUCUUUAUUCUCCAUUGAAUAUUGAUUUCGAUUAUUUUCUUUUUUUUUUUCAGAAUUAAUACAAAAAAAAUAAUGUAUAUAUUAUUUUUAUGAUAAUGUUUUACAAAAUCUAUCAUUAUAAUAGAUUCAUAAUCACUAUAAUAGAUUCAUAAUUUGAAAAUUCUAUUUUAUUUAUAUUUGAUCAAUUAAAACACAGUGUGGAGUUGUAUAAUGAUAUGUCAUUUAUUCAGAGUAAUAUGGCAAAUAUUUCAUCUACAUUGUAAAUAGAACGUAAACGAUA